UAAAAAGAGGGCUGAGGAUGGAUGAAACAGUAACCUUUAGCCAACUUUUGUUUUCCUUGGCGGUUUUUUUCUGAGUCUUGAUAUUUCACAAGGGAGCAAACAGCAUUAGUUUGUUUGUUUACUGAUGAGACACAGAGCUGAUUGCUUUGCCUCUGAACCUCUGUAAUAUGGGCUGUUUGUCCACCAGUACAUAUCAAAGGAAAGGAUAGUUUGACUUGUAAUUACUGAUUAACUUCAGAUCAUCUCAUUCUUGCAUUUUCCCUGCCUUACGUAAAUUUAGCUAAUCCCGAAGUAUAAAGAAACCAGUAUGAGCAAGAUGGAGUAUUGGUGGUGGAUCUCUGAGUUUGUGGCCAGUCUGGUCUACUUAUUGGGACCCUGUCUCCAAAAAAUUAUGCACGAGUGCGAGCUGUGGUGAUGACCAGAGAUGACUCAAGUGGUGGAUGGCUGCCCCUCGGAGGGAGCGGACUGAGCAGCGUCACUGUUUUCAGAGUCCCUCAUCAGGAAGAGAAUGGCUGUGCGGACUUUUUUAUCCGUGGAGAGAGACUCAGGGACAAAAUGGUGGUUUUGGAAUGUAUGCUUAAAAAAGACCUCAUCUAUAAUAAGGUCACUCCCACGUUUCACCACUGGAAGAUUGACGACAAGAAGUUUGGCCUUACCUUUCAGAGUCCUGCGGAUGCCAGGGCUUUUGAUCGAGGCAUUCGAAGAGCUAUAGAGGAUAUUUCUCAAGGGUGCCCAGCAUCAAAAAAUGAGGCUGAAGGAGGAGAAGAUGAUUUACAAACAACGGAGGAGGACACUUCCCGUUCCCUAGUGAAAGAUCACCUUUUCCAGCAAGAGACGGUUGUUACCAGUGAGCCUUACAGAAGCUCCGACAUGAGACCGUUACCUUUUGAAGAUCUGAAUGCCAGAAGAGUCUACUUGCAAAGCCAAGUCAGCCAGAUACCAUUCAGUCAGCAAGGCCUAGACAUUCAGAGCCGAAGUAUGGAAUAUGUUCAGCGGCAAAUAUCCAAGGAAUGUGGGAGCCUGAAGUCCCAAAAUAGGGUCCCCUUGAAGUCAAUCAGACAUGUCAGCUUUCAAGAUGAGGAUGAGAUUGUCAGAAUAAAUCCUCGAGAUAUCUUGAUACGUCGGUAUGCAGACUACAGACAUCCAGACAUGUGGAAAAAUGACUUGGAGAGAGAGGAUACUGACUCCAGUGUUCCAUUUUCUAAACAAGACUGUAAAAAAUCAGACUAUCUCUACCACUGUGGAGAUGAGACUAAGUUAAGUUCCCUGAAAGACUCUGUGGUAUUUAAGACACAGCCUCCCUCAUUAAAAUUUAAGUCAAAACGAAGAAAAGAGGAUGGGGAACGUUCUCGCUGCGUGUACUGCCAGGAAAGGUUUAAUCAUGAAGAAAAUGGCAGGGGAAAAUGCCAGGAUGCCCCAGAUCCUGUCAAAAGAUGCAUAUAUCAAGUUAGUUGCAUGCUCUGUGCCGAGAGCAUGCUGUAUCAUUGUAUGUCAGACUCAGAGGGAGACUUCUCUGACCCUUGCUCAUGUGACACUAGCGAUGACAAGUUCUGCCUAAGGUGGUUAGCCCUGGUAGCUCUGUCCUUCAUUGUACCAUGUAUGUGCUGCUACGUCCCUUUGAGAAUGUGCCAUCGCUGUGGUGAGGCGUGCGGGUGCUGCGGUGGGAAGCAUAAGGCUGCUGGGUGAAGCCGUGCAGGGCUGGCAUGAGCUUAAAAUCUUCAUCUCCAGGAGUUAGCUAACUUGGAUUUGCAGAAGCUGUGGGCAAGCAGUAUGGAAUCUUGCCUGGUAUCACUGGGGCCACGCGUGGAGGAAGCAGAACUCGUCAGUUGUUGAGAUUUACAGAUGCUAGCCAUGCCUGAUGUCUUCCCUGAGUGCAUGGCAUGUUCUGCGACAGAUCAUAGAGCAUUUACAGAGGGAAGUCAUUUCUGGUUAUUGACUACAAAAGGUCAACAUAGAAUAUGAUCCAACUAAAAGGGAUUAAUUUUGGCAUUUUUAUAUUUAUGCACUAGGUGAUGGGACUUUUUAAAGAUUUGAAUUCUUUAGGACAUUAACUAAAAAGUGCACUAAAGGACAGUGAUUUCAGUACAGAAAAGUUAAUACUUGGGAAACUAAAAGAGAUAAAACAAGUGCAACUAAAUCAUUAGUUGUUUUUUUGAAAGCAGUUUUAUGUAUAAAUAACAAAUGUUUAUAUUUAACUAAAUGUAAGGUACGAACUAUGACAUAUUAAACUUUUCUUGCCCUUCUAGUUCUAAGGUAGAUGUGCACAUAUCUACCGCCACAUUCCAUAUAUUUUGAGUAUUUAACUCAUCUAGUUAAUAACAUUUGUAUCCAUGUGAAAGAUUUGGUAAGUUCAUCCUCAUUUCUCUUUGGCUGCAGUUUAUAUUGAGUUAUAUCUGUACAUUCUGGAAAUCUAAAAAUCCUUAAAAUACUCUAUAAUAGCCUUGAGUGACCAACCUUUUUUUUUUUUUUAAAGCACAGAUGUAAUUGUCUAAUGUUCUGAUGGAAACGUAACACUUAUUUUUAUAUGAAGAGACUGAGUAAACAUAGAAGAAAGAGAGGGGGUUUAGUUGUUUUGUUUUGUGGUAUUCAACCAGCAAGUUGUUUUCUUUCAGAGUUUCCUCCUUCAAAAAAACUUAACUGCAUUUAUAAACGUUUUACAAGGCAGAAGCGUUAACUGGAUAGUUAGUGUGGGACAGUUUCCUCUUGAGAUCUCGGUUUCCCAUUCUGCUAAGCCAGAAUGUGCACAGCUGUCUCACUGAUUUCUCUGAGCUUAAUCCUCCGUGCUUGUUACUCACAUAACAAUAUAACACUUCUCAGUUGCAUUUUAUGUCCUUUCAGCUAGCCAGGAGCAAAGUUACUUUACGUGAAAACGUAUGCAGAACUCUCCCAGGAAAGUAUUUAAUCUGCCAUUGUGAAUGGAAGAUCUUGUGUACCACAUUCCUGUCACAAAGCAUUUGCAUUAUGAGGUGUUUGAUUUACAAAGUGGCAUGAUAUGUUCCAACAAACAGUUUUAAAGUCCUUUGGGGUCAAAUUGCCUUUUUUUUAAAAAAUGUUACAGUAAAACUAACAUGUGAGGGAUUCUUUCAAAAAUACUUCUUUAGGGAGGAAAGUUAAGCAGUGUGCCGGGUUUUUGUUGUUGUUUGUUUGUUUAUUUUUCUAAACGGCUUAAAGUUUCUGAUGUGAUAGAAAAUGAAAAUCACACUACCAUUUGAAAUUCAUUCUACAGGUUUUCAGUGUCAUUUCUGUAGCGUUCAUUCUGUGUGUCACACUUAAGCUUGUGUUAGCUUUCUUCUUUUGCCCCAGGUCAAACUGAACAAUGUAUAUAUAUAACACUAUCUGUCUGUAAAAUACUUUUUUUUUUAAGAAAGCAUUUAUAUUUAUAUGACAGCUUGAACUGACAACAUUAUGUAUAUAGAUCAUCUUGAAGUAUUAUUUCACAUUGAAAAGAAGAAAAAUAUAUUGAUAACUAUAGAUGUUAUGAAGAAGAGGCUAUUUCUAGUUUUGUACUAAAAAUCAAUUGGAUGAACUAAAUCCAAAACCGGACACUGUAGCAGCAAUUUUAAGUCUUAUUUUUACUGUUUCUAUAUUUGGAGGCUGCUACACAGAUGAUCUUCACCCCUGACGUUCUCAGAUAAACUUGGUUUCCUAGAGCAGACUGUUAACUUUCAAAAUUCCUUUUUAUUGUUGAAAUAGAAAUACUGGUUUUCCUUGUGAAUGAUUAUUCAUAUUUGUAAGUUCUGGGUUUAUAAUUCAGGUUGGAGCAAGGUGUGAAUAACUGAAGAAAAUAACUUGCUGGCUACAUAGGAAAUGCCGUGGAAAUGAACUGUGUAUAUACUUCUGGGAGGAACAAGUUUAAUCAUUCUUUUCUGUUAAGCACUAGUCACUACAGUGCAUCUCCUGGUUCUGUACUGUAUUUUAUACGCAGUAUAUAUGCUUUAAUAUUUUAAUGUUUGUGCAUUAAUAUUUUCAGUUUGUUUAACCACUUUGCUGCUAAGAUUUUGCCAUCCCAUUCCCAUUUUUUCCUUUACAACUUUAAACAUUUCUCUUCAUUAAAAACUAUGGUAAUGAAAUUAUUUUUAUUUUCUUUUUAUUUUUUUUUUCUCCACCUUGGAUCUUUGUAAUUAGCACACAUGAAUUCAAACCGGUCCAGAGAAGUAUCUGAGGGUGUAAUGUUAUCGAGUCCCUUUGUGAAUCAUGUGGACAGUUUAAUCUGAUCCCCAAGUGUGUGCAGGUGGAUUCAGGAAAGAUUUCUUGUUCACUGUAUAGAUCUGGUACUGCCAUGAUGGGUUUUCUUUAAACCUUCUCUUUUGUCUAAAGUUUAAGCAGAUGGCUCAACAAAACUGGUAAAGUAAAAGUAAAUACUGAAAACGAAAUCAUUUGAAUGCACCACCAAAAAGAAUUCUCUGCCUGAUGGGCUUGUUUGCUCAGAAUCUCUAGUUCUCAAGUGGCCCUCUUGGCUUAAGGGGAAGAAGCAGCCUUUGCUUUCUUGAGCAGGAAUGCGUGUGGAGUUCCAGUGCCACCUGCUGGAUGAUUUUAGACCCGCGCUGAGAGAUGAAGAGGGUGUCUGCCAUUAACAGUUGAGGAAGGGCUGUCCAGGGGUGGCCACUGCCCACCAGAGAAACCAGUAAGGAACAGCUCAAAGGAAUGUAAAGAAAUCUUUCCUCAAAUGCAGUUUUUGAUUGCUGAAAGAUUUUUAAGCACUUUUUUCCUUACUUAUUCUGUUUUAAAAUAUUUAUUGAAACUCGGAACUGGCAGUCAAACUUACAUAAGUACUGAAGCAUUUGUGCAACCAGUUCCUUUAACUCAGAAGCCAUUACCAAAAUGGUAUUCCUGUCUUCUUCCCAGUGCUAGUCAGGGAGAAUUUUUUAAAAAAAAUAAACAUAAUUUUCUGUAUUUUAUCAUGACAACUCCAGAGAGUGUGUGUUCCUGAGUAGAUGUUGAUGAUGAGGCAGGGCUUUAAAAUUUAAAGGGAAAAACUUGAAACUACCUAUUUUCAUUGGUUAUUCAGCAGUGCCUAAAAUGAGCUUCUGAAAUAAUACAAAUGCACUUUGAUGUGUAUAGUGCCAUCUAAUUCUUUGGGCGAGUCUUGCUUUUCCUCUCCCUUAACUGAGUGGCACACAGGUGUUUCUUACUGCCACGUCAGUCUUCAGAUUGCAGAAAACAUGCACUUUCCUUUAAAUGGGCAAUGUGGGGAACUGUAUGGCUCUUUCUUGUGUUGACAUCGAACGUCUGAUCAUAUUUGCAAUAUGUAACUCGGAUUAAUGUGUUUUAAAGUAAUUUUAACUGUAAUCCAACAGUGCAUUGAGCAAGUGUAACCUUUUUCUAAAAAAAAUAACUCGGGAGAUCUUGAGUUAACCGAUAAAACCAAUUCAUCACUAAAUGUUGCUCUUACUCUUGAUUUUACUUCCAGAAUUACAUUUCUGAAUAUUACAGGAAACACUAGAAAGUUGUUAUAAAUUAUAAUGGAGCCAUGGGUGUUUUAUGGUGAGUCAAACUAAAAAAAAAAAAGUUUAAAACAUGCUCACACAGACAAGCAGAGGUGAUUUAUACAACCCAAAAUAUAGGCAGGGAGGGAAGGAGAAUUACAAGGGGGCUUUACAGUGCCGGUUGCCCAGCAGCUGGGCAACUAGAAACCUUUCAGUUGCUUUGAUGCAGUAAUGUUAUCCAUUGUUACCCCAAAAGCUAAAAUUGCAAAGGUUGUUAAUUUGUUGAAAAAUUUCAAGAGUAAUCUAGUCGAAAGCCUUUGUAUUGAAGAUGCGCAAGUUUUUGUGUGAACAUUUACAGUGUGUAGUCCGUUUUGCUUUCUGUUCUCCUGACCUCAGAAGUGCCUCACUUGUGUAUUACCCCACUAGGAUCCUGACUGCAUUCUUCCUAGUGAGCAUUGGAAGCCUGCUCAACUCCUCUGCUCAUGCGUCUCCCCACAUAGAGUGAACUAACUUGAGAGUUGUGAGUAUACAGUGUAAAUAUGCAGAUAUGAGUUUGUAACUGCUUUUGUUCCACCAUGCCAUGUAAUUGGAUGCACCAGAGGGUAGACAGUUUGUUUCAGAGAUUGCCCCUCCCCUGGAAUUACCUGAUUAAACCAAUCAUGAAAUUUAAAA